UUUCCUUUUAAUUAUAUCACUUUUAUAUACAAACGUUGUCUAAACUAUUUUACUUGAAUCCUAUGCCUAUAUGUAACAUAUAUUAUUAAAAUUGAGUGAUUUUUAAAUAAAUUUCAACAUUUCACGAUUUUUUAUGACAUAGCUCACGACAUUCUAUGUGUGUAACCUGGCAACCCUGCCCCUGAGUGUUAACAUUAGAAACGGAAAUGAAACGUGAUUGGUCAAAUUUGAAUAAUUGACAUUAGUUUGUGAAGUUGAUAUAAACAGCUGAUCGUGUUUUGGAGGUUAUCAGUUCGUGUUCUGUUAGUGGCAGUGUGUUGUUAUGGAUUUUUAUUAAAACUGACUCGAAAUGUCAUCAAUUUUUUUGGGAAUAUCGAAAUUACGUCAUGGAGAAUUUUUUGAUUUACAAUUUUUAAGAUAAAGUUUUGAACAUAUGGGGAAUGGCAUCGAUUCAAUUUGUUAAAUCUUUAAUUCAACGUUCGUUGUGUUCAGCUCUAAAACAAAAUCGGAUUAAUUUCGUUCGAUCAGCUUCGCUGAAAGGGAUAGAAUAUUUAAAGAAUUCAAAAAUCAACAAGGAUGCAGCUUUUACGUUAGAAGAACGGCGAUCUCUCGGAAUCCAUGGUCUUUUACCAUCAACCAUAUUAACCCAAGAAGAUCAACUCCAAUUAUGCAAAGAACGUUUAAAAACAUUCUCAGGAGAUGACGUUAAAAAAUCAAUUUUUUUAUACGAUCUCCAAGAAAGAAACGAAAAACUUUUUUAUAAAGUUAUAAACGAAAAUCUCAGUGAUUUACUUCCGAUUAUUUACACCCCCACAAUAAACAAAAUGUGUAAUAACUACGGAUUACUUUUCACCCAACCAAAAGGGUUGUUCUUAAACAACUUAGAUAUCGGCCGAAUCCCUGAGGUGCUUAAAAACUGGCCCGAAAGUGAUGUCAAAAUUGUUAUUGCAACCGACGGUGAAAAUUUGCAACCAAAUUUGGGCGAUAUGGGUGUAAAUAGCAUGUUAUUUCCCGUCGGAAAAUCGACUUUAUAUACAGGAAUAAGCGGAAUAAAACCUCAUCAAUGUCUCCCAAUAACUUUAGACGUUGGAACUAAUAACGAAAAGCUUUUAAAAGACCCCUCUUAUUUGGGACUACGCCAAAAAAGAAUUACGGGGCAAACUUAUUUAGAUUUUAUCGACGAAGUCAUCACCUCAAUAAUAAAUCAAUUUGGCCAAAACACAAUCAUUCAAUUUGAAGGAUUUAACAGGGAAAAUUCAUUGACGUUUCUUAAAAAGUACCAAAAAAAAUGUUGCUUUUUAAUCGACGACUUACAAUGCAAAGGAGCCGUCGUUUUAGCUGGUUUAAUGGCUUCUGAGGCAAUUUUAAAUAAACCCAUCAAAGAUUACACCAUGUUAUUCCUUGGAAUUGACGAAACAACAUUUGAAAUCGCAAACACCUUAGUUAAACACAUAAUGGAAGAAAACGGGUCGAAUUUAUCACCGGAAAUGAUAAAAAAUAAUAUUUGGAUGUUCGAUAACGAUGGUUUAUUGACUCAGGCGAGAAUAGAAGGCAAACUUUUUACGGGGGACAAAGUGAUUUAUGCCAAAGAUUUCGAACCAACCCAAAAUCCGGUUGAUGUUAUCAAUAAAAUCAAACCAAACGUGCUAAUUGGCAAUUCCGAGGCGAAAACGUUCUUUAAACCCGACGUUUUAUAUCAAAUGGCCGAAGUUAAUCAAAAACCUGUCAUUUUCGCUUUAAACGAAAACUCAAAUUCUUCGUUUUAUCAAGACAUAUAUCAUCACACUCAAGGAAAAGCAAUUUUAGCAACAUCUUCAAUUUUCAAACCCGAAAUUUUGAAUAAAACUUCAGUUCCCGGUCACGCAUCAUCUUGCUUAAUUUAUCCCGGUUUAACAUUGGGAGUAAUGGCAUCCGGUUUAAAAAAUAUUCCCGAUGAACUUUUCGGUGUGGCGGCUCGAUGCAUCGCCGAACAAGUAACUUACGAAGAUUUAAAAGCAGGAAGGAUUUUUCCGCGCUUAGAACUGUUAAAAAAUCUUUCCAUCGAUUUGGCCACGAAAAUUUGCGAGUAUUCGUUUAAGGAAGGUUUAUCGACAAUUCGGCCGGAACCGCAAGAUAAAAAGUUUUUCAUCAAAUCUCAUCUUUAUAAUUAUGAGUACGAAGAUAUUUUGAGUCGGGAUUUGGAGUGGGUUGAAAUGGCCGAAACUUCAACUGAAGAAGUUAAAAAGGGAAAAAAUUCAGCGAAGCUUAACGAAAAUUUUGAAAAAAGCGUUUCGGAGGAUGAAACAGAUAAAAUUGAGGAUUUUGUUGACACGAAAAAUGAGAAAAGCCGAAAAGUAAGUUUUGAUGAUGUAAACAUUGUUGAAAGAUUUCCUCCCGAAUCAUUUAAGACCAAAAGUGAGCCCACCGCGUAAACGAGAGAAAGCUCAAAAAAUUUGAAAAUGGUUUCGCGUCGAAUUUAUCAAUUUCAAAAGUUGUUUUUUUUUUAAAUUUU